UGGGAGGUGUUAGCUGGCCUUGAUUGUUUCAUGCUGGACCGCUCUAACAACCAGCUUUGAAGCAGCAAGGCCAGUCAAUUAUACUAAUUAUGCUGGCCAAUGGCAACAUUUGUAAGUGAGGUUUGUAUAUCUGUGGAAUGUCCAGGGUGGGAGAUAGAACUCUUGUUUGCUUGAGCCACCGGGAGUGACACCUAGCCUACUGUAAUGCCUUUGUUUCCCCCUCUGCUCCGCCUGCAGAAGAGCAGAGACCCUUGAGCACCGGUGACCAUGGCUCCGGCGGAGAAGCUGAAGGCCACCAUCAAGCGGGCACUCCCAAUGACAGGGCCCCAAGCACCCACGCUGUGGGAGCUGAUGCAGUGGUACUGCAUGAACACCAACAUGCACGGCUUCCGGCGCAUGGUGGUCUCGCGGGGCCAUCUGCGCCGCGCUCUGUGGACCCUUCUGACGCUGGUGGCCGUGGGCUGCCUCCUCUACUUCUGCGCCCAGCUGGUCAUGAACUACUACGUGGCCUCCGUCUCCGUCACCGUCCAGUUCCACAAGCUGCCCUUCCCGGCCGUCACCAUCUGCAACAUCAACCCUUACAAGUACAGCACCAUCAAAGAGCACCUGUCAGAGCUGGACAGGGAGACCAAGAUGGCGCUGGAGCUGCUGUACAACAUCUCAGGGAGCCCAAUCCGGGAUCGCCGUGACUUGGGCCCCGAAGAAAGUGAAGAAGGCGCGAAGGGAGGCUUUCUCAAGCUCUUUCCCCUCCUGAUGGCCAACGAGUUCGAGGCCAGGCCCAGAAACCACUCCUCCACUUCCUCCGGUUACAAGCGUCGGGCUGAUGCCAGCAACUUCUCAAGGAGCUCCAGCAUUGUGAAUGUCGACAACUCCGAAGUGGGCUUCCGGCUGUGUGGCUCCCAAAACAACACCAACUGUUCCGUUUACACGUUCAGCAAUGGGGUCAACGCCAUCCAGGAGUGGUACAAGCUGCACUUCAUGAACAUCAUGGCUCAGAUCGACCUGGAAAAGAAGGAGAAGAUGAGCUACUCGGCUGAGGAGCUUCUCCUGAGCUGCUCCUUCGAUGGCAACUCCUGUGACGCCAGGAACUUCACCUCCUUCCAUCACCCGCUGCAUGGGAACUGCUACACCUUCAACAGCGGAAAGGACGGGGUGAUCCUCAAAACGUCAACUGCAGGAAGCGAAAACGGACUGCAGGUAGUCCUACACAUUGAGGAGGCCGACUACAACCCCUUCCUGGUGACUUCCACGGGAGCAAAGGUGGUCAUUCAUGGCCAAGAUGAAUACCCCUUCAUCGAGGACAUUGGCACUGAGAUCGAGACGGGCACUGCCACCUCCAUCGGGAUGCACUUGACCACCUCCCAGCGGCUCAGCAAACCCGACAGCAAUUGCAUGGAUGGCUCGGACAUCCAAGUGGAUAACCUCUACAACAAGAGCUACUCUUUGCAGAUCUGCCUGCAUUCCUGCUUCCAGAAGCUGAUGGUCAAGACCUGUGGCUGUGCCCUAUACGCCCAGCCUCUACCAGCCGAAGCCCAGUUCUGCAACGACAAGAAAAACCCAGACUGGAUGUAUUGCUACUUCAAGCUCCAUGAGAAGUUUGUGAAGGAGCAACUAGGAUGCCAGGAGACCUGCAAGGAAGCCUGCAGCCUGAAGGAAUGGACGCUCACCACCAGCCUGGCCCAGUGGCCCUCGACCGCCUCCGAGGAGUGGAUGCUCCGCGUUCUCUCUUGGGACCAAAGGAUGAAGAACAAGACGUUAAACAAGAUGGACUUGGCAAACCUCAUUGUCUUCUACAAGGACCUGAAUGAGAGGUUCAUCACGGAGAAACUGAAAAACAAUGUGUUCGGCCUCCAAUCCAACUUGGGUGGCGAGCUGGGCUUCUGGAUGAGCUGCUCAGUGGUCUGCAUCAUCGAGAUUGUGGAGGUCUUCUUCAUCGACACCUUCUGCAUCAUCCUGCGCCGCCACUGGCAGAAGGCCAAGAAGUGGUGGCGGGGCCGGAAGGGUGAAGAUGAGGAAGAGGAGGAGGAGGAAGGGCAGCAGAGAGAGGAUGAUGGGGAGGCCUCCGGACGGACCUCAAGGGUCCAGGGCCACGACAACCCCACCUUCGACGUCCAUGAGAACAACGAGGAGGACAGUGACCUGCCCACCUUCAACAUGUCCAUACGCCUGUCCCUCCCGCCAGAAAACCCGGCCCCGCGGACCCCUCCACCGAACUACAGCAUCUUCCGACACUCUGGCGCCUACGAGGUCAGGACCCAGUGAUCCCCAUUGCUGGGAGGGAAGGAGUUGUCAGGGCGGGAGCAGUGGGAGAGAUGAGAUCCGACCUUUGCCCUGACUUGUUGAUGAGUCUCAUCUUCCACUCAUCAGUCAGACCACUUGUACUUCUGCACAGUAACACUGACAAACCACACCUCAGCCGUUAAUUAUCUGCUGAUCCCAGCGGUACUAGUCUUUAUUUAUAUACAAGACUAUUUACAACUCCAAUCACCAUAACUCUCCAGACACAUGUUCCCAGCAAAGGGAAAAGCACAGCACAUCUGGAGUCUGUUAUCAGAACAAUCCUCCCAACAUUCCACAGUCUGUGACGAAUGUUCCUUCCAUGCAGUUGAAACAGAAGUCUUGACCCAUUGGCCCUGCAAGCUAUCAAUCAGGGCUGGCAUGCAAUUAACUCCUCUGCUGCUGGAAAGCUUGCCAGAACACAGAAGCACAAUCCAACAGCAAACAUUUGAUCUAACAUUUCCCUCUAUAAUAAACAAACCACACUGACAGGAGUAAGGGCCUCCCCUUGGGUGCCAGGCCAUUUCCCUGACAUGCAGCCAGAGGGGUCAAUAAUAGGCUUGUCCGAUCGAUGGAAAAAGUAUUUCAAUUCCCGUUUCUAAAGUAGGGGGCGCUGGCGCUUCGAUAUAGAAAGUAUUUCCGAUUUUUUCACCCAAAAAUUUCUGAUAUUUCCGAAAAUUCGUAAUGAUUCUAAAUGUUUCUAAAAUGGCGGACGUGCAUGCGCAAUUGCCAAAAAAAAAAAGGGGGGGAACUCGAGGGGGGGACUUUUACAGGCUCUCCCGCCCUCAUUUCUUGAGCUAUCCUCAUCAAAUUUGCAAAUAAGCUCCCAUUCAAGGUAGGUUGCAGAAACAAAAUAAUUUUUAAAAUAUUUUUAAAAAUAUAUUUUUUUAAAAUUUGGGGGGAGGAAAAAUUGACGAAACAUUAAGAGACAAUUAGAGAAUGGGCCAACAAUGGUUCGAAUUACAUUGCUGGUUGUGCUGUGAGACAAUGUCUCGGAAUGCGCAUCAAAAAGCGAGAACAAUCCGAAAUAAUUCCGAUAUACGAUUCAAAACGAUUUUUUGGACAUGUCUAGUAAAUAACACCCCUCUCUCAGCAUUCUUCACUGUUGGCUAGCCUUGCUGGAGCAGACAAUAAUCCAACUAUACCUGGAGACUCACAGGUCUUCUCCUGCCCUUUUCUAGCCUUUUUGUGCCAAGACAGAUACAUGAUUCAACUGCCAUAGUUCCAUCUAGAACAGUGGUUCUCAACCUGUGGGUCCCCGGAUGUUGUGGCCUUCAACUCCCAGAAAUUCUAACAGAGGGUAAACCGGUUGGGAUGAGGCAGCUAAGAUUUCAACCCAAAUGGUUCAGCAGAUUUCCCUAGUUGGCCUACUCAUUGUAUGUACAAAGAGCGCUGUGUAAGUACGUUGUGGCGUUUGGAAGAGACGUUGGGGGUAAAGGUGGCCAUCAGAAGCUUGGUGCAUUGGUUGCUAAACUAUUCAGUCAUUAGCCUUUAUUUCGGUCAAUAAACCUUCGGCUGAA